AUGACUACAGCUCCAGAGUACAACAAAACCAGUUUGGUUAGUUUCCCCAUCUACGCAAUCCUGAACUGGCCGAUGGCUACGACUGCUGGAUUUGCUGCUUUCCUCAACGACAAAAUCAACAGGUUGUUCAAAAGUAUUCUCAACUAUUGGGGAAAGUUUCUUUCCAGUUCUGCUUCUUGUUACGUAUUGAAUGAUGAUCCUCGUCAUGGCUGGUUUGGUGAAGACGCAAUGCAAGCAAGGCCAAACUUCGACCUAGAGUUCAAAUGCAAGCCCAGAAAAAAACAUCAUGGUUUUACAUCAUGAGAUGAUUUCUUCACCAGAGAGUUUCGUAAUGGUAUUCGUCCAGUAGAAUCUCCAGGCGAAGAUUCCGUUGUUGCGAAUGCCUGUGAGUCGGUGCCAUAUCAGAUCUCUACAGCCGUGAAAAACAGGGACUUCUUCUGGAUAAAGCACCAACGGUACUCAUUGGACUUCAUCCUAAACAUUAGUGACCUUGCCAAGCAAUUUUAUGGUGGAACCUUCUACCAAGGGUACCUAAGUGCCACCAGUUACCACCGAUGGCACAGUCCUGUGUCGGGCACUAUUUACAAGACAGAACUCGUGGAUGGUUCUUAUUUUUCUGCAACCCACCACAUUCAGGAUAACCCCGCACCGCCCAACAUAUGCAUAUCACAAGGAUACCUAGCCCAAGUAGCUGCCAGGGGUAUUAUCUACGUUCAAGCUGAUAAUCCCGAUAUUGGCUUGAUGUGCUUCGUGUCAAUCGGUAUGGCAGAUGUGUCCUCCAACGAAAUCACCGUUAAAGAAAAGGAUAAAGUGAAGAAAGGUGACCAGCUCGGCAUGUUUCACUAUGGUGGGUCCACCCAUCUUCUGAUAUUUCGCCCCGAAGUUAAAAUUGAGUUCGAUACGAGAAGUCAAACGCCAGGUCUGCAUACCGAUAAUAUUCUGGUGAAAUCGAAAAUUGCGACCGUACAUCCACAAUCUAAGCAAGGAUUUUGGCAAAAACAUCUUGAUUUUGUCAGUGUUCGGUGUGAACAUGAUAAUUUUCUUUCUUUCCUCCUAGGAGAUGUCUCUUGACAAUUAGGAAAUUGAAUUUUUUUUUUAUUUUCACUUCGUCAAUUGUUACUAAAGUGUAUGGCAAGAACUAAAUUUAGAAAUGUCCUUGCUUCGUGUCUGUGAAUUGUUUAGGCCUGUUAUAAUAUUUUGGAACCCUUAUGCGAGUCUCGUGAGCCUUGGUUUGUUAUGUGCUGCAAGACCACACAUUUAUUUUACCUUUUGAGUAUUUGGUCCUCGACCGUUGUAAUAGGCCUGUUGUACGAUAAUUGUCAUCGCUGGCCGUGUUUUCGCUAGUCCUUGCUUAGACUCCUCAUGGGGAAAUUUUGCUCGAGGUUUUAACCAUCGAAGUUUGGAAGUUUUUCGAGCAAAUCUUUUUGUGCCACAAGCAUGUCUAAUAAUUGAUGGUGUAUUUUCAAACCGAAGCCUUUAAUAAUUUAUUCUAGCAUUUGUGAUGGGAGUUCUUAGAAUAACUACUAACCAAAAGUUUCUUAACUCACAUUUGGGGUGAAAGAUAUUCCCAUGAUUUACCGAAAGUGCGAUAAUAGUAAACUUAAUCCUCGAUGUGCACAUUGCCAUUUCGUUGAUUUCCGAUAUGUAGAAAUAAAGUACUGCAAGAGUAUCAAGGGCUUAAAUGUUUUGCUUUCAAUUGUUCUUGUUAAAAACAUCACAUUCCACACAAGACCUGGUGCAUUUUUAGUAACACAAUUGUCAAUGUGUCAACCGAAGUAGUUGCUUAGUCACCACCGAAAAAAAAAAUUGAUCAGCUAACGGAAGAUCUCAAGCUACUGAAGGGAAGGAAAUAUCGUGCGGAAAGACAGACAGACAGACACGCGAAAUAAAGACAGAUGGACUGAUGGAGAGGCGAAAGGAUAGACUGGCUUAAGGACGGCAGAACGGACGGAUGGAUGGAGGGAUGAAGCCGUGGAUGGGUGGAUUAACAUAAAGACGAUUGAAUAAAUGGGCGGACAAAAAAGAUAAAUGGACUUUUGCGCAGGUAAACGAACCACUAAGAUAUAGUAUUACGAUUGAGUACUUAGCUGGCUGUAGCUUGGUCGCAAAAUUCUUCAACUGAAAAUCUAAAACCCUUGAACUCCAAGAUCUUAUUAGUUAUUCUCCUUACUUUCUGCUACACAAUUUUUAUGAUGCCUAUUUGGAGAAUUUUGUAAUGGCACAACUAAAUAUCCCCUAAUUGAUAUUUUUGUUUAUUCUCAUCACUUCUAGGCUUGAUAUUGUCUUGAUAUUUAGCCUAGCUGGUGGUCUGCGGUUUUGGGGGCAGAGAGAAAAACCGCAGACCACCGGCAACGUAAGCUACUUGAUAUUGAGAGGUGAAGGGUUAAAAAAAUGUCCUUUGCCAGUCAUCGCCAGUAGGGGUGUGAGUGUGGUUAAAAAGUGGUAUUUUAUCAUGUCGUUGGUCACAAAAUCAGCGAUGACCGCAACGUUGACUCCGAAUGGAAGCUAACACUUUCAAGAGUAGUUACGUUUUUUCUUUUUUUGCGGGGGUAUUUUAAAUUGACAUCCCUUGCGUGUAAUUGAUGAUUUAUGUCCUCGUCAUCGGGACUGAUGUUUAGUCAACUUCAACUUGGGAUCUGGCAAGUUUAUUUGCGUAAUCACAGACGAAAUGUCAAUACAUAUAUGAAGCUUUAAGAGCGCUCAGUCGAGCUUAGAUUUAGUUCAAAACAGUCUAUUCCACUUAGCUUUCCGUUUAAUCAGAGGAAAAAGAACUCUGAGUGCUGUUAAUACGAGUCGAACCAAUUAGUACUUCGGACACUCUCAGUACCGCUGAGCUAUAAGUGGCAGGCUAAGCCGUUCUCCAAGUCUGCCUAUGUCAUUCACUAAAUAACAUCAUCUUUCACUUAAAAGUCACUUGGACAAAAAUCUAUCAUCUUUAUUCGCUGAACUUCUUCCUUUAGCUUUGGUACUCAGGGAUUGAUUGUUUGAUUGAAAGCAUUAACCCUUUAACUCACGUAAGUGACCAAGACAGAAUUUCUCCUCACAAGAGCAAUACAAUAUCAAUCAGAUAGGUGAUGAGAACAAAUGAAAAAUAUAAGUUUGAGGAUUUUCCAUUUGAUCCAGUACCAAAUUCUCAGAACUAGCAUCAUAUAUAAGAAUUAUAUGGCAGACAGUAAGGAGAUUACUGGGCAUUAAAGGGUUAAGUAGGUCGCUAUUCACUUGUUUGUUGGAUUCUUGUGAAGGUGUUUGGGUUAUUGUUCUGUCACUAAUAUUUAAUCUUCUAAGUUUGGUUGUCCAACAUGUUCACUCCUGUCCACCGGAGGUGAAGAUAUAAGAGUGUUCUUUAGAGUUUUAGUCAGUGAGAAUCAAAGACUGAGCGAGUUCGAGUGAUAAGAAUAAAGGGGGUAAGUUUUAAAGAAAGUAUAUUGCUGAGCCGCUACAUGGGGGUACCACAAGAUAAUUAAUUUUAGAUUUGUCAAUACUGCACGUUAGUUACCCUUAAGCUGACGUUUUUAACGUGAGCUCUUGAGCGAAUAUAGGAAUAAUAAGUUGUGUGUGGUUUACAUGCAGAAAGAGUCAGAUGACCAGAGUCACCCAGAAUAAGUUUUAGUGUCAAUCAGAGUCGAUCGCUCAAUCACAAUCCGAGCAGCUAAAGGUCUUAAAGAGAAGAGUGCAGUGAAGUUAAUGGAAGUGGAAUUGUAACAGAGAACAGUGACUAGAGAAGACUGAAAAGACAGGCCGAGAGUCCCUGGUGCAUUGUUCUUUGGCAAAGUGUGGUACUGCAGCUAGUUUCCCCGUCAUUACUGGGAUACUUGUGAUAGCCCAGUCAUAAAAUGCCUUUGUUUUUUUGUCGUCUUUUUUUUUUUCCUCCGCCACAAAAUGGAAAAAUUGCGCAAUGGUACCCAGUGCUCAUUGGGCCCUCAACACCAUGACAACUAACUGUGAUCCAAUGAGGUGUUCACAUGCUGACACGCGUGUUAUCUUGAUGAUGAUUGACGUUGUCAUGCACGGACAGGGCUGGGUCACAUGACUAGUACGAGAUUCUUGCUUAUUAAACUCUUUUGUCAAUCGAUUUGUAUUUCAACCUGUUUGGAUUACGAUCACCUGGGACAUUAUUGCGCAAACGCCCAAAAUACCUACAGACGCAUACACAAGUCGUAUUGUUCGCGGCCAGUCCACACUAAAAGAUGUUAUUGAGCGGUAAUUUUAGAACGGAUUGGGUCGCGAACGCUUGAAAGCCAUGAAAGCCUUGGAUGCCUUCUAUGCCUUGUAUGCCAAUGUCUUAGUUGAAAAACGUACACUUGUUGUAAAAAGCAACAUCUGAAAUCUGAAACCCAACUGCAUAUACUCUAUGCAACCUAUUGAACAACACUACUACCGUGAGACUGAAGAACAAAACUCUAAUGGAUGCAAACUGCUUGUGAAGAAAGACGCCAUGUGGGAUUCACUUGAUGCCGGGGAACGUAGCUACGAUAACAGUGCGAGUGGUAUUAAUUUCACGAUCAGAAAGGUGAAUCUUAUGUUUGUUUUCAUUGUAGUUGUAUGGAUAUUCUUUUUUAAUAAAUACAUGAUCCAAAACCCCGGUUUUUUGUGUUUUUUGUGUUUUAUGUUAUUAUGUUAAGUAUUGUUUACGCAAUUAUAGGCGGCCCAAGCUCACGCCUCGAGAAAAAGCCAAUGAUUAAUUCAUGAACGCGUCACGCAUUGUGUGACUCGGUGUUAAGUUACAAGAGGAACCGAUGAAAAUUUGAACACGUUACAAGGGAACGAAAUAUGGUCGAUUUACAACGAUAAAUAUUUCGAAAUAUGAACAUUUUUCUCGUAAAAUCAAUAGAGCUUACUCAUACCCUGUGUAUCCGUUGUAGUUUCUGACGAUUUCUGCCGUUUUAAGCUUGCUUUACCAUUACUGUUAUUCACGUCAUCUACUUUUAUUACGUUGGUAAAAUCGGUACAGACAUCAGACCAACCAACUCGCGCACAAAGUAAGAAGACUAUAUUGAAGGCUUGAAAUUACAUUAUGAUCGGUUUUCAUCAAGAAAUGGGCCAGGAAUAUUCCACAAUAGUGCAAAUAAUCGUGAAGGCUGAUCGCGAAAAAGCGAUUGCGAGACGCUCGGUAAGCUGUAAGAUGACAUGUUAUUUUAUACCAGACGUAAAAACUCGUCAGAUUCUCAGUCUGCGUUUUGUACCCUAUCUGCAGUCUGCAGUCUAUAUUUUGUAUCCGGUCUGCAGUCUAUAUUUUGUAUCCGGUCUGCUGUCUAUAUUUUUUGUAUCCGGUCUGCAGUCUGCUGUCCGCAUUUUGUAUUAACAGGUAUCCGUGGCACCAAUAGUUUAUUUUUGGUUACAUUUAUUCGCACAACACACAUAAUCUACAACAAAAUACCUGUGUGUGAGGUAAUUAGACAUUUUCGUUCUUUUCCGCCUUAAUACUCUUCUUUCCUUAUGUAAGAAUGUAGACUACUUACAAUGUUUCAAGUAAUCCACCUACCCUACAAAAAAUAACUCUUGCAUGCAUGGCAUGCCUGUGUUUUGAAAUAGGUGUAUGCCCUUGGCCAGACUUGAGCUCACUAUUUCAGUAUACUAGUCCGACACCCGUAGUAUCACUACACUUGAUUCCAAGGAUCCAGUACCAUCCAGUUAUCCCAGUUACCCUGCUCACAGGGUCUAGUUGCAUCUCAAAUUCCCUUGAUAACCAUAGCUUAAUUUGAAAAAAGUUGCAGUCAUGAUAGAAAGUCUCAGAGAUCAAAUUUUGGUCCGUACAUUUAUGAAACCUUUUCCAAUGAAACUAGUUUCAGGGCCUAAAGGUAAAUACUUGCUAACAAUGUUAGACAAGCUUCCCUGCCCGCCAUUACGAGACUUAAAGGUAACGGAGUUAAGAAAACAAAGCAUGUUGUGAUUAUGUAUCAUUUCCGAGGGCUCCCUCAGAAAAUUUUCGUAAUUUAUUUUAUUUUUCUUAAACGACUCUUUUAAAGAAUUUUGUUUCAAAAUUAUAUCAAAAAGUUCUAUCACGCUUUCAAAAAGUUCAAAAUACACCUAGUUGGCCGUUGUCCCUCCUCCCCGUAAAACAAUGCAAAAUAAUGCAACUUCGCCAACUUCGCACGCCAUAACGCCAUAACGCGAUGCAAUCCCCCUUUCAAAUUUUGUGUGUCAGCAGCUGAUCCUUUUAUCUUUUUGAAAAUAUGAAUAUCUUGUUAUUUUGUUACGUUUGAGUCUGCUUGGUAACCCGUUAAAAUAAUGUAUUUUACGUUUGUUUCGCAGAGCUAAAAUAAACGUCAACUUUAAUGGCCUAUAAAAAGGUAUGCCAUGUAUAUUACAAAUCAUGAUAUACAUUACCUCAAAGCUUUAUCCGUGUGGUUUCAUUCCUUUAAUUUUUUAUCGUGGCCCGCCAUAGGAAGCGCGUCAAGGUUAAAGACAGUUGGGGGUUGUUGUGACAAAAAUGCAAUGCGACCUGCUAAACAGCCAUCACAGCCUAUUUAAAGGCCUAUAAAAAGGUCUAGUAUAAAUAUUUACAAAUCAUAAUAUACAUCAUCUUAAAGCUUUAUCCUUGUAGUUUGAUACAACAAAUUUUCUUUUUUCAAAUAGGACUCGCCUAAAGCACGCUACAUUUAUCAUAACGGAUGCUGAACAAUACAAAACAAGACGAUCUAAAAUUUUGUUAGCCCGGCUUUUUAGAAGGAAAUAAGUACCGCAAUUCCAUUCGGUGACUAUCAUAGAUAUAAAUCUGUUCGACGCGACACGAGAUUAUUAUAUCAAUACUGGUCGGCUCUCUAUUGAAGCUCAUUAUGGUUCCUAAAGAUAUUAAGCUCUUGACCUUUUUUGUUACUUUCAUCUAAAUACGUGCAGGUCUCGAUGCCGAUUGAGCUGUAGGUUUGAUUCCUGACUUGGGCUCAGAAAUAUUCUGACUAAUUAAUAGCUCGGAGGAUACCUCCAAAUUUCAAUCAGUUCGUCCAGUCUACGCAAUAUUUUCGUGCUGUUUUAACUGUUGGGUUUGCAGAAACAAAAAGGCUUUGAUAUGCUAAUGUCUAAACUGACAUUGACUGACGAUGCUUGGACUGAAGAUAAUCUUAUCAGGUGCGCUAAGAAACUAAGCUUUUUCUUCUUAUGAAGGCGUUGUUUGGAAUGUGAUGUUGUUGGAGGGAACGUUUGCAAAGGAUAUUUCGAUAUCUCACCGCUUUGAUUCUCCAUCAACCCUAAUGUGGUAAAGCAGGAGUUAAACAAGCGUCAAAAACGGUACAGUUUCAAGAAUUGGAAUAAGUCUACUCAUUCUAAUAUUUGAUAGAACUGUCAUUUAUAUUGCGUUUAGGUAGGAAUUAAUCGUACCUUAUCGUCCCAAUUAAUAUAAUUUGAAUGUGAUCUUUAAAUCAGGUUGACAUUUAUGUUAUGGUCCAUGGACUACUGAGGAACAUUGAAAGCCAAAUGUUCUUCCUCAGGAUAAUUUGUCUAAGGCCAAAUCCCACAAUGAUCCAAACAAAGACACAUUUCUGAUAUUCAAACAGACAACAAAGACCGUCCAUUUCGAUGAAUCACUUGAACCCAUUGCAAUCUGAAGUCACGAAAAAAUAACCCCUCAGAAAGUAAGCGUAGCACGGAAAUUUCCUUAUUCCUGUAUACUCCGAUAUGAUAAUCUGCACGUUGACGUCUCCAAACUGUUUUCCUUUGUUUAGUUCACGCGGAACCUUGGAUGAAGCUUGGGAUAUUGCCAACAGAGGCCGACCCUCAAUAACCUGUUAAUUGUCACGGUAUGAAAGAGGCCUGUCAUCUGAACAAGGCGCUUUCAUCCUUUAUCAGGCAGGAAAAAUUUCCUGACAAGGGCUUCUCAAGCGCAGUUGCACGCACACGCAUUCCAGUGUCAGUCGCGCUUGCGCGAUGAAAUCUAUAUUGCAGUUAAAAACAGACACAUUCAACAGAAGUAUAUCAUUACAACUCCAUAGCGGAUUAAAUGUGAACCUCAAAAAUUGAGGUUGUUAAGUAUUCAUAUAUUCAGGCUAUUGUUCUUUCUCAUUACUUAUUCAUUCCGAUGAGUUUGCCGACAUGCCGGCAUGCUUCCGAAGAUCGUGAAGAGCGCAACUUCUCUGAUGUAGGUGAGAUAUUUUUCUUUUGUUAACAGAUGAAAUAAACUCUCCCGGGAAUCUGCUUGAUUGAUGUCUAAUAAUUGCUACGCAUUCCGGUGUGUUGGGCAACAUGUCAAAGACAUCAACCUCGGAUCAAACCCAAGCACUUAUCAGCUUACAUGUCUUUUCAAGUAGAAGUAAACAUUGCAUGCACGGUCAGAUCACAACAAGUUCAUUCGAACAAGACGAAAGUUGUGAAAGAAAGAACCGCCAGCGCGCGAACACGAGCACUAUUUAUGACACGCAAUAUUUACAUAAUAAAGAAGUAGUUUAAUUCAUGUGCACUCAUUCGGAUCAAAAAAAACGAUCGGCGCUCGAAAUGAUAAACUAUUUUCGCUUUUGCGGCUAAACUUCAGAAUACCCCGCAACUCAUUUCCGCCUCACUUACAUGUGUCGGGAGGCUUUGAAGAUCGAGGCAUAACACAAUAGACGCUAUUCUUAUUCAAUGACAUGUAAAUGAGUUGCGGGGUAUUCUGAAGUUGCUCCGCUUUUGCUCUUCGCAGUGAUUACAACAACUCGUCCAAGAUCCAUUUUUAAAUCUUUUGCGACGCUCUUUAAUCCUAAAAACAUAUUAAGGCUAAAAAUACACCGUGAAUAGAAAAUAAAUCCAUUCAAAUGAUUGCAGUUUAUCGAUCUCGAGUUCAUUCAUCUCAAGACAAUGUAAACAAAAGGAUACAAGAUCACAAGUCUGUUCGCGCAAGGUAGCUUAAUUACACUAUUGUCCAAGUCUUUUGAAGUACCUUCCGCACUUCCUUUGGUCUUCUUCCGAAAUAUCUCACCUUUUUCGAAACGAAUAAAACCGAAAUCAUUCGACACGUUUUCGGCAGCCACCGAAAGCAAUGCCCAAAGGAAUAAACCGAGCCUUCGAUGUAAAAAAUCCAGCGGUGUCACCCAUUUCAGUAAGUCACAAUUAAUCCGGGCUGGAGUUGUAAUGAUUAUUUACGAGCAAAACGAGCCGCACACUUCGUGCAACAUAAUCAUGAGCUCGAAACCUUACCGUGUUGGUCAAUGGAUUCCUUCUGACCAGAAAGUUCUUGACAAAUGGUUAGACAACUUGAUCACAGAAGUCAAAAGUAAAUCCAAAGAUAAGUUGGCGUCAUUGAUGGCUCUUCAUCCGCCGGCUGAAGAUGAAGAGACGGCUAGAGGUGGAAAUCAGCUAGCAGUUGCUCACGGUACAGAGGAAGACCUCUCUCUCCAUCCGCCGGUUCAAGAAUUAUUGAAAGCUAUCAUCUCCGACCCCGAGAUCAACAUGUUUUUCCAUCAGAUGUUCUCGCAACAGCACAAGAAUCCAGAUAGUUCGAAAGGGACGAGGAUCCAUUGCUGGCAACAGAUGAUUAUUUUAAUCGACCACAUCAUGACAACAGCUCCAGAGUACAACAAAACUGGUUUGGUUGGCUUCCCCAUUAAUGUAAUCCUGAACUGGCCGAUGGCCACGACUGCUGGAUUUGCUGCUUUCCUCAACGAUAAAGUCAACACGUUGUUCAAAAGUAUUCUCAACUAUUGGGGAAAGUUUCUUUCCAGUUCUGCCUCUUGUUACGUGUUGACUGAUGAUCCUCGUCAUGGUUGGUUUGGUGAAGACGCAAUGCAAGCAAUGCCAGACUUCGACAAAGAUUUCAAAUGCAAGCCUAAUAAAAAACAUCAUGGUUUUACAUCAUGGGAUGAUUUCUUCACCAGAGAGUUUCGUGAUAACCGUCGUCCAGUAGCAUCUCCGGACGACGAUUCCAUUGUUGCGAAUGCUUGUGAGUCGGCGCCAUAUCAAAUCUCUGAAGCCGUGAAAAAGAGGGACUUCUUCUGGAUAAAGCACCAACGAUACUCAAUGGACUUCAUCCUAAACAUGAGUGACCUUGCCAAGCAAUUUCAUGGUGGAACCGUCUACCAAGCGUUCCUAAGUGCCACUAGUUAUCACCGAUGGCACUGUCCUGUGUCGGGCACUAUUUACAGGACAGAACUCAUAGAUGGUUCUUAUUAUUCUGCGACCCACAACAUCCAGGAUGACCCUGCAUCGCCCAACAUGUCACAAGGAUACCUAGCCCAAGUAGCUGCCAGAGGUAUUAUCUACAUUCAAGCUGACAAUCCCGACAUUGGCUUGAUGUGCUUCGUAUCAAUCGGUAUGUCAGAAGUGUCCUCCAACGAAAUCACCGUUAAAGAAAAGGAUAAAGUGAAGAAAGGUGACCAGCUCGGCAUGUUUCACUACGGUGGCUCCACGCAUCUACUGAUAUUCCGCCCAGAAGUAAAUGUCCUGUUUGAUACGAGAAAUCAAACGCCAGGUCUGGGUGCCGAAAAUAUUCCAGUUAAGUCGAAAAUUGCGACCGUACGUCCAGCAACACGUACGUCC